GUCAUGUGGCAAUUAGUCGUGUAUAUUUUGUGAGGUGGGAUCGCUACUUAACAUUCAAACGUUUGGUACGAGAAUAUAUACCAGUCUUGUGCUGAUACAAUUUUAACUUUUGGAAUUGCUAUUGGGGGCAGAAUCGAGAGGAAUUGUGACCGAGAGGAGUUGGAAAGAAGUUCGCGCCAAAUACACUUGGAUUUUAUUAUUAUUCAGCAAUAUGGCGUUCGUAUGGAGGGAGUGUUUUAGGUGGGCACCACUCGUCUUUCUUCUGAUCGUGACGCCAGGAGCAUUGGCCCAAGAUUCAGAUGCUGAUCAAAUGCCUGGAUUUCUCGAAAUCGGUCCGGCCACCAUCGCUCCAGCUUCCACCAUCUCAUGCGAGGACAUCCACGGGGACUCCUUCGGUAACCAGACGGCCAAGCCGGGCGUGUGCUACCUGGUCGCCGACGUGAAGGGUGACUUCCACGACGCCAGGGCUUACUGUCAAGCCUUGAACGACAGUCUGGGCUGGGAUGUGGCGGAUAUUGAAGACGUCGUGGAGAACAUGCUCAUCCAAGAUGCCUUGACGACACUCAAGGAAAACGGCUCACUGUCCUCCGCAACUACAUUCUGGGUCGGCCAGAACGAUCUCGAGACCGAAAACACGUGGGCGUACCUUAACGACAGCUCCAACGCGUGUAAUCGCAGCGUCUACCUGAACUGGCGAUACGAGCAGCCCAACGGGGGACGCCGACAGAACUGCAUUGCUUACUUCUACAAUGAAAAUGGCAACUUUCAGGAUCGCAAAUGUGACGACGAUUACUACUACUUGUGCAAAGUCAAAGUGACUUCCGACACCGUACCUUCUUGUCCUGAUUUUGUCGAGGAUAUUUCUACGGAGGCCUCGGACGCAUGCUUGGAUAUCUGGCCUGUAGCGUUCAGCAAUCCCGCGGUACCCGGCGUGUGUUAUGCUCAUGAGAGCUAUCAGCAGUUCUACUUUGAGGACGCACUUAAUUUCUGCAAAAGUCUCCCCGGCGGUUCCUGGUCGGUGGUCGACAUCGAGGAUGCGGAGGAGAAUCUCUUCUUGGAAGCCUGGAAUAGAGAUAAUUUCCCCAAGAACAAUGGUUACUGGAUCGGACAAAACGACCGGGAGCAGGAGGCUGAUUGGCGGUACACGUCGAGCGGGCAGUGCCCGGUGUAUCUCAACUGGAGAAACGAUCAACCCAACGGCGGCCGAGAGCAGAACUGCAUGGUCAUGUUCAAAACAGACGACGGAGCGUUUCAGGACAAAGCUUGCAAUGAGAGGCGUUAUUACUCGCUAUGCAAACUCAAGAAAGAUCCAGGACCGACCCCAAAUCCGGAGUUUAUCAAUUGUAACGGUUCUACUCUACCAUCCGAAGUUGCAGAAUGCACGAGCUUGAAAUCCGGUGCGUUUGGCAGUGUGGAUAACCCGGGCUACUGUUAUUACAUGAGCGGCAAUCAGAUGACCUGGGAACAAGCUGUACAAAGCUGCCAGGCUCUUGGCUGGGAGCUGAUCGACAUUGAGAAUGCUCUAGAGAAUGAAAUAUUGGCGGCAAGAUUCAGAGAUUUCUGGCCCACAAAACGGUACUACUGGGUGGGACAGAACGACAGAGCGACGGAGGGAGUCUGGCAAUACUCCUCGAACAGCACGCCCGUAGCCUUCGCUGGGGUGUACCUAAACUGGGAAGAUGGCCAGCCCAACGAUGUUGACCAUACCCAAAACUGCAUCAUGAUGGACAAAACGGGCCAAUGGGAGGACAAAUCCUGCACCAGUUAUUACUACGUUACCUGUAAGAAACGGGUCGGACAGAUACCGACAACCACCGCUGCCUGGACUGAUCCGUGCCCGAAGUAUCAGGAAAGUGCAUUUGGGGACGAGGCCAAUCCGGGCGUGUGUUAUAUCCUGACCAACGAAAAGAACACAUGGGAGGAAGCACAGAAGGUGUGUGACGGAUUUGGAUCGGGAUGGCAAGUCCCUGAUAUCGAAGAUGAUGCUGAUCUUCUGGCCCUGGUGACAAUGAACAGCCGUUCGUUCCGUUCCAAUGAUGGUUAUUGGAUCGGCCUGAACGAUGCAGCCACGGAAGGCACCUGGGUCUACCUGGACACCUCGAUACCGGGCCCCGCGUACGAACGCUGGGAUUCCUCGGGGAACAACCAACCCGAUGGCGGUGUCAGCGAAAACUGCGCCGUCUUUCAAGAAAGCCGAGAUGGAAAAUUCAAGGAUGUUCCCUGCGGAUCCGAAUCUUUCUUUGUGGCAUGCAAGAACAGAAACGCCUAUGACGUCAGUAGCACAGUUACAACACACGAACCUACGACCGAUGCCACCACGACCCAAUCUCAAACAACAGAGGGCGCCACAACCCAAUCUCAAACAACAAUGGGCGCCACGACCCAAUCGCAAACAACAGAGGGCCUCACGACCCCACCAUCGAUAGGUACCACUCAACUCCCCACAACAGUGGCCACGACUCGGCAACAAACGACAGAGAGCGCUACCACUGGCCAGCCGAUAGAUACCACUGAACAGCCAACAACAAAAGUAACUACCCGGCAACAAACGACAGAGGGCGCUACCACCGAACAGCCAUCUGAUACCACUGAACAACCAACAACAGAAGCCACUACCCCGCAACAAACGACUGAGGGCGCUACAACCGAACAGCCAACAGAUUCAUCUCCGAUAACAGGAUCCGGUCGGUUCGUCUUCAAGUCCGCGGACGCCACGUGCAGCAGUGCGACCGCCCUCCACACCUCAUCUGCCAGAGACCGAUUCCACUGCGCGCGCAAGUGUCUGAUCCAGGGUAACUGCCGCAGCUUCUCCUUCGCGGCCUCUGGGGAGGAGGACGCGUGCGAGCUGUGCAGCGAAGUCCUGGACGCCGACAAUUUGCAGCGCAAAAUCGGAAGCGUGUAUUACUUUGAAUCAAAGUAGAGCUUUGUUUUUGUUGUUGUUGUUGCUCCUGUGCAAAACAAUUAAAUCUGGCAGGAUGACCAUCAUCUGUAUUAUAAAUAUAUAUUUUUCAAAAUCAUUUGGCUUUUUGAUGGUGAAUAUGCUUUUUUUGUGAAUAAAAAUACACUGAUGUGACCAACAAAAAAGCCCGCGAAAUUAAGCAAUAGCCUAUGACCUCAGUGGCUUUUGAAGACCAGGUUUUUUCUCCAUUUGUUGCCCUGUACAUGCAUUGCCUUUAAAACCUACCGGUAGUUAUAAAUUACCCCGAUGCAUGUAACGCAACACGAAUAAAAUUCAAAUUUGCAAAAAGUCUCCCGGUUUAAUUUCAAAUAAGCCUGGUUUUAAUAUCCGCCUUGCACAACUUCUUGUUCUUCUUGCUCUUUGCAAAGUUUUAGAUGUAGCAAAUAAUCAUUAUCCACUGAGCUAUGUAUCAAAUGCCACGCAUAAUCAAGGCUUAGCUCAAUCAUUAAGGUUGGCAUCCUUGCUAUGUACAAGUCAUUCGUCUUUGAAUGGACGUCAAAGUCUGGCUACCAGACUUUUUUCUGCAAUCCUGGAGUGUUUGAAUUCUUUAAAUGGUCUGGCUGCUGAGACGCCAUUUUAUUGAGACCGGGCCACACACUGUGCCAUUAUAACCGUCAAUGGCAUAGUGAAAGAAAGACAA